CGGGCGUGACGAGUGCGAGGACCGGCGGCAGCGAGCGGGAACAGAGCGAGGCAGGGCGCUCGAGGGCGAGAGAAUAGGAGAGAAGGGAGAGGGGCAGGGCCGAGAUGAACCACGUGCGGUACCGUGGAGAGUAUGUCCGAGACUGUCCGUAUUGCGGGAGCGAGGGGACGAGGGUAGCUCGCGGUAUGCUGGCGAGGGAGCUGUCGGCCGAGGCCAUGCUGAGGCUGCUUAAUCGGGGCUGGGCAAGAUCUGGUACUUGGGUCUAUCUCCCGGUCAAUGCUCCUGCUUGUUGUCCACAGUAUCAGAUCAGAGCUGACGCUCGGUCAUGGCGUCCAUCAAAGACCUGCGCGGCAAGUGGCGCAAGUUUGUCAAGGCCAUCAAAGAGCGACCGGAGCUGGAGGCUGCGGCUGGUGAUGGAGCGGGUUGCUCUGCGGGUGGUGAGGGCUUUGGACGAUGGACGGUAAGCUGCUGCAAGGCACGGUUCUCGACAGAGGCAUACCAGCUGUAUGUCAAGUACCAGGCUGGGGUGCAUGACGACACGUCGACGUCGCCGACGGGUUACACCCGGUUCCUGGUCGAGACACCACUCAACAGGUCGCCGUCGGUGUCGCGGUUCGAGUCCGGCUCUGCGUACGCGGCAGUGUCGCCGAUCGAGACUGUGGGCAAGAUGGGGGAAGGUGGAGCGAGGGCGUUGGGGCCGCAGACGAGGUUGCGGCGGGUGAGGGCAGCAGCGUCAGUGGCGGCUACAACGAGAGCAACGCAACGCUGGAUGUGGUGUCCGAGUACGGGACAUACCAUUUUGAGCACCGGCUCGACGGCGAGCUGGUCAUGGUGUGCGUGGCUGAUCUACUGCCGGGCGCGUUUGUCUCGUGCUACUGCUUCUACGACCCGGCGAUCCGGCACCUCUCGCCUGGUCUGAUCUCAGCGAUGUACGAGAUGCGGUGGGUCCAGCGGCGCAGCGCCGAGUUUGCGCACUACCUCAUGGGCUACUACGUGCCUACCAAUGCGCGGAUGCAAUACAAGCUCCGGUUUGCACCAGCGGAGCUCCUAUGUCCCGUCUCGUAUCGGUGGGUGUCUGCGUCGGCGGUGGCGGCGAGCACGCUGGCGCGCCAGGAGCAGUACGGGUGCUUUGUGGUCGACUCUGGAAGCGGU